UAACAUAAGCUCACAUCUUUCGCCCAGCUGGUUCCUUGAUUAAAGCAAAAAUAAAAAUCACAAUGGUUAAAACCUCUCUUCCUCUCACCGGUUUCUUCUUCCUACUCCUCAUCUCCUCCUCCUUCGCCGCUGACACCGGCCGGCUCUUUCUCACCGUCGUCAACCACUGUCCCUUCACCGUCUGGCCAGCCAUUCAGCCCAACGCCGGUCACCCCGUCCUCGAGAAAGGUGGCUUCGCUCUCCCAACCAACACCCACCGCUCUUUCUCUCCACCAACCACCCACUGGUCCGGUCGCAUCUGGGGUCGAACCGGCUGCUCCCACUACAACGGAAAAUUCUCUUGCGUCACUGGAGACUGCGGAAACCGUCUCGAGUGCAACGGUCUCGGUGGCGCAACGCCGGCGUCUCUCGCUCAGUUCGACCUCCAGCACGGUGGACACAGAGACUUAUCCUCCUACGGUGUCUCUCUCGUCGACGGUUUCAACGUUCCGAUGACAGUUACUCCUCACGAAGGCCGUGGAGUUUGUCCCGUUGUUGGUUGUCGUGAAGACCUCUUGAGAACGUGUCCGGCUCAUCUUCAGCUCCGGUCGGGACACGGUGGACAUGUGGUGGCCUGUAAGAGUGGGUGUGAGGCGUUCCGUACGGAUGAGUUGUGCUGUAGGAAUCAUUACAAUAGUCCUCAGACAUGUCGAGCUUCGAGCCAUUCGCUGUUCUUUAAGCACGCGUGUCCUUCGACUAUGACGUUUGCUCAUGAUAGUCCUUCGCUUAUGCAUGACUGUUCUUCUCCUAGAGAGCUCAAAGUCAUCUUCUGCCACUAAUGUGUCUUUCUUGUUCGGUUUAUUCUGUAUGGUUGUACUAGUGAUAUCGCACUAGUCUCUUAUCUUUCUGGUUUGAUUGGUUUAGUUUGUGAUUUCCCGCGUCAGUUAUGUCGUUGUUCAAAAACUAUGUAGUCCAACUAUGCGAUUAUGUAUUAUUAUCUUUUAAAUUGAUUCUGCUUAGUUCU